UUUAAAUAAAUCUUAAAAAGGACACGAUUAUAUAAUUGUUAGACUUAACAAUUGAAAGGAAAAAAUAUAUAAUUAAUACAGGAAUUUAGGAAAAGGUAUUGAAAUCAUUUUUAUUAAUGUUAUCUACUAAACUGUUGCUAGAUCGACAAAGCUUGCCGAAAAUUGUCACGCCUGCAUACGCUAUUGGUUCGCUCGUGCGCAGAAAAAUGCGAUUCAGCUGGUUCCAGCUUCCGCAUCCGCGUCACACACAUCGGUCGCAGAUUGCUGUCCCGGUAGCAUACGGUCGCAUGGGGAGAGGAUGAAGACUAAGGGCAAGAACCAAUCAUAUUAAAGAAUAAGUGAGUGCUCAGUAUAUGAUUGGUUCUUGCCCUUAGUUUUCAUCCCCUUCCCAUGCUACCGUGUAUGCAAUCUGACCGCUGGUGGCGCUGGUCACACGGCGUCUCUAGUCAUUACCCAACCUCACGUUAUUCACGCCGCGUCUCUCGCGUCGCUUGUCGUUAGUUUUGGCGGCAAGAAUCACAAGAAUCGGAAUAAUCGGACGAGAAAUAAGUACGUGCGAUAUGGAAAGUGAAUUUCGACAGAAGGAGAUGUUGCGGGAUAUGUUCGAAGGGCUGGGGUGCGAAAUCAAGAGUGAUACCACCCUUGAUAAGUGUUUUGAACUAUGUAAGAAGUAUCUAGAUGGAAGAAUUGAUGGGGCGCUUCCAGAAUUAUGGGUCACUUUUUGCAUCGAGAACAACUUGGAAUUUGAUCUUACCAUUGACAAUCUGAAUAAAAUGGAACAGGCAGUGUUGAUGAAGGGUUAUCAUCGUGAUCAGAGUCCACCAGUAGCAGUGGAAAAAACAAAACGAGAACGAAAUGAAAACGAUGAUACUCACGACGUACUCGUCAUGUAUGGCUGCGCCGAACCUGGACCUGGACCUGGACCUGGACCAUCAAAGCGUGUGAAGCUCGAUCCUACUGAAGACGUCAAACUCGCCUUUGACUCGCAACACACAGAUUUAAACGUGUCAAUGCCACAUAACACAACGGAUAAAGGAGAGAAGAUUUUACUUUCCCUCGGCCGAUCUUCUGCUGACUCUUGGAAGAGGACAAACAAUUACAAUGUCACUAUUAUGAAGGCGACCGAGUCUUUAACCCAUCUCCCCAGCGACGCGAAGUUCAUGUAUCAGAUGCUGUCACAGGAAGGAGAAUCACGCACGUACCUGACCCACACUUUUGGCAAGAAAUUAUUCGAUACAUGGCGUGUCAUGUCACGCGAUGAACUCACCGGCCACGAGAUGCAUUAUGUGAGGUACAUCCGGAAGCCGAGUCAGACGAAGUUUCGGACAUUCGGUCGCAUCAAUACGAAGAAGGGUUCUACGAACACAGUGAUACUGGAGGGUAGUACGAGACGAAGAGGCACCUCGACAGCCGACACGAUUGAGUUGGAUUUCCGCCUGAAACAAUACUCGGUAUUUCCUGGUCAGAUCGUGGCUGUCGAAGCUACCAAUCCAGUAGGUGAUACGCUAUACGUGAAUGAGCUGUUCACGAAAUCGUACACGCCGGUCGCUAAUCCGCCGCGAAUUACAUCAAGUAUCAACAUCUACGUUGCGGCGGGUCCGUUCACUGGUUCCAAUAACCUGGACUAUCAACCGUUGUGGGAUUUGAUGGAUAAAGUCGCAUCGGACGAACCGCAUGUCUUGAUAUUGAUUGGACCAUUUCUCGAAUACACACAUAACAAAAUACAAGAAUAUAACAUUUUUGACAAUAUCAUGUAUCAGAAUUUUGUCGAGGAGAUAUUUAUGAAAAUAAUGAAAAAGACACGGAGCAGCACACAAGUCAUACUUGUAGCUUCUAAUCGCGACGUACAUCACGAACCUGUAUAUCCAACCCCUGAAUACAGAAUUUACAGUCAGAAGUUUCAUAAUAUUUCGAAUUUAAAGAUGAUGCCAGAUCCUUGCAUAUUGGAUGUCGAUGGUUUUAAGAUCGGGAUCACGUCAGUUGAUAUCAUCAAACAUAUUGCUAAAGAAGAAAUAUCCAAUAUGUCAGGUGACAAACUCGGUCGAAUUGCUGACCAUGUGAUCGGUCAAAAUACUUUCUAUCCUAUGUACCCUCCAGCUGAGGAUUUGAAUUUGGACACGGAGUUGUGGGAGAAGCACACGUUUUUCAAUCAACAACCAAAUCUGUUGAUUUUACCAUCCGACUUGCGAUAUUACUGCAAAAUAAUCAAUGAAUGUAUGGUUCUGAAUCCGGAACGCAUGCAUAAGAAUGUCUAUGCCAAGUUGAGUGUGACAUCAAAAAACGGUGGCCCAUGGAGCUGCAAUAGCAAUAUCUCAUACGAGAUUGUCAAAGUCUGAUAGUUUUAAGUAUUAAUAGCUAAAUCACAUAACAAAUAACAAAAAUAAUAAGCAAAUUAUUCGAUCGAAAAGACAGCGGUCUCACACUUUUUUAGAAAAUAGAAUUAUAUUUAUAAAAAAUGAAAAUUAUAAAAUCAAAAAAAGGUCUCUAUAUUAGAGAAUUGUUGAUAACAGGUACUGUUAUGUAUGAGGUAAAUCGAAUGUUGUAUCGAAUUUUUAACUUAUUUUUAACUUUCGGUUAAUUGCGUGAAAAUACGUUAUCAUUGAUAAGUGUCUGUUGUAUGUAAGUCACUAUUGAAUAGAAUUUUGGUAUAUUUCAAUAAUAUCUUAUGCGAGAUAGUGAAAAAUAGUAGUUUUAAAGAUAAUGACAAGGGUCUUGCAUUAAAAAAUAUUUUUUUUUAAUUGCUUAUAAAAUUUUUUUUAAAUGAAAAUGAUAAAACCAAAAAAUAACAUUCUUAUGUUAGAGCAAUCUUGAUGAGGUAUUGGUAUAUGUGGAGUAUAUCAAAUGCUAUAUCAAAUAUUUAAUUUUUAGUUAGUCACGCGAAAAUACGUCAUUUGCGCAGGGUGAUUAGCUACCUCAAGAUAAAAUUAAAAAGAUGAGUAACAAAAAUAAUGAAACUAGUCACCACUAGUAAAAAUAUUACAAAAAUAAAAUUACGUUUAGGGUUUUGGCGACUUCUCGUGCCUAAUUAAAAAGUUAGAUUAUUAAUUAAUAAGAUGUAUAUUUGAAAAAUAUUAUAAUUUAAUAUAAUUUAUAACUGCAAAACGA